AUGUCUACCACAAAAGUAGGAGUGCGAAAAUAUAUGAAACAUCGUCCGAAUGACUAUCUUUACGACCCGGUGUAUACGGUUUCAAGCCGUCGUGAUUUUGAAAAAACUGCAAUUAAAAAUAUAAUUAAUUGUAUGGAAGCGAGAGUACGUCCACAUUUUUUAUCAAUGUUCAGUGAACUAAUUCAAUAUCCAAAUGCAGAUUUAGCACUGAUAAAAGGUAGUGAUCAUAUUCCGUGUUUUAUGGAACAAAAAUGGGAUGAAAGUAAACGAUCCAAAUUUGAAUAUAAAAAAAAUGAAAUAGAUAUUCGUGGAAAAUCCAUGACGUUAUUUUUAGCUCGUCCAGCACCGUUAACGAAAUCUUUCCCAGAAAAUUAUCAAUAUGUGUCAGUACCUGCCGUGAAAGCAAAAUCAAAAAGGAUUGCAAAAGAACCUGAAAAUGUUUCAUUAACUAUUCAUAAAGAAGAAUCUGAACAUGAUACUCUUAAAAUAGAAUUGCCUAAAUUAAAAAUGAAAGCUACACAAACUCUUUAUCGAGAAUCAUCUGCACAAACUUCCCCAUGGCAGCCACCAUAUAAAAUAAUGCAAACAAAUGAAGAGGGUCAGCUUCCAGAACUAUUGACUUUAGGGGCAUUGGCUUGGGAUGUUGGAUUACCAGCUGGAGUUUACGAAUGUAAAAUGAUUGAACGAGCUCGUAUGAGACGUGCAUGGGAAAGGAGUCUCAUCCCAGUUAAAGAUAAAGAAGCUUUAGAUAAGCUAGUUGACGCAUUGGAGAAAAUCGAGCGUUCUGAAUGGGCAUUUCGUGAAAAAGAAUUAAAUAGAAUAAGCCGUGUACGAAUGGAUUUAAUGAUACAAGCUUUGGAAACGACUUGCACAAAACUUUCUGAACGAUCAAUGAUAAAAAUAAAAAACUAUUGGACAUGGAAACAAAAUGAGAAAAUGAAAAAAUUGUGUCAAUUAAAAUUAAAAAGCACUCGAGAAUUGCGAAAAUUAGAAAUGAAGCAUAAAAAAUUAUCCACCAAAUAUAAAUCAAGAAGCAUUGUGGAUGAGUAUUUGUCCUACAGUUCAGAAUUAUAUGCACCAUUAGACAGACAUGGAGAAGAUCCAAAACAAUCACACUUCUGUUGUUGUAGUGAUGAAUUUGUCCCAGAAUUUAAAAAUAUUGAAAAGUUAGACGUCGUUCCAUCAUGGUUAAAUAAUUAUGAAAAGCAUGAUCCAGAAAAUUUAUGGCGAAAAAAAGAUAAAAAACGCAAAAUAUGUGUACGUGCAACAAAAUGGACAGUAGAAAAUUUGGGAAAAUUGCAACAAAUGAUGACAGAUGCACGUUUAAGACCCAAAAAACGUUAUUCAUCAGCUACUUCAAAAUUAUUACAAUAUAUCGAACAGAAAAAGACACCACCUCCAACACCAACAACUGAGAGUAUUCCUGACAGUGACGAAGCCAUUUAUCAAGCUACAUUAUUUUUACAAAAAGUUAUUCAAGGACGAGCAGUUCAAUCGAUUUUACAAAAAAUAGAUGAAGUAAUCCAAACCUUAGAAGGUAAUACAGUUGGCUCCAUGUUAGAUUAUUUGAAUAAGGAACUGCUACGAUUGCAAGAUGAACGUAAAGCUCAUGCUUUUGCAUUGCUCGCACAACGUGAACGUUGGAAACGCGAAGCAGCUGAAGGUGGGCGAAGGCAAAAGGAAGAAAGGCGCAGGCGAGAGCAUGAUGAAAUGUUUAAGCAGAUUGUUAAAAUUCAUCAAGAAACCGUUGACUUAUAUUUGGAAGAUAUUAUAAUGAAAGGAUUAGACAACCAAGCAGAGGCAGAUGCUAAAGCGUAUAUUAAAGAAGUUGCGGACAUGAUUGAUAAAGCUACUGAAUGUGCAGUAAAGGAUAGUGAUUAUUUACAACAGGAGGAAAUAGCUGCAGAUUUAAUACAUAAUUUUGUAAUACCCGAAGUGGAAAAACAAAUGGUACGAGAAAACUUACGAAAAAAACAAGAAAAAUACCUAUUAGCAGCUCAUGAAACUAUUUAUAGUGAAAUAAGUACUGUGGCUAAUACAAAACAAGAACAACUUGAGCAAGAACAUCAACAGGAGUUAAAACGUCAACAGGAGUUGCAAGAACAACAUACUAGAGAAAUGAUAGCAAUUCAAGAGGAAGUUGUCAACAAUAUUAUCAAAUCAUUUGAUGAAGCACUUACACAAGCAGAACACAAUUACGAUGAGGUUGAAGAAUCUUUUCACAUUUCUUUGGAAGAUGAGUCAGAAGAAAAUGAAUCAGUUGAAGUCUCAUUAAUAGAAGAUGAAAUUGGUGAAAAUGGUUCUAUUUAA